AUUUUGGUUAUAAUUACUUUUUUCCUCUCCCAAUUUUACAUUUAUUGUAUUUUUUUGUCAGAAUAGAUUGACAUUUACAGUUUUUUGUAUUUAAAAAGGGGUUAAAAUGUGUUCCUUUAACACAUGUAACAGCCAUAGGGUAAGAAAUUAUCCAGAAAUUUGCUGUGAAGAUUCAGAUGAAGAUGAAGAUUGUAUAGAUGCAUGUCGCAAAGCCCCACCGUACUGUGUAAGUCGUCGGGGUUGUUUUAGCACAUUCGGUGGGGUUGAAUUCAUCUUCAUUGUAAUCCUUGCUGCUGUUGCUUUCUUGGGCGCCGCGGCAUUAAUAGGAUAUUAUCUCAACACUUACGGUGUAGGAUUUCGUUGGAGAAAACUAUCAACCCCGGAAAGUGAAACUAACGAAGCCAGCAUGAAUAUGCACAGUUUUUUAGAAACCCUCGGUUUCAUCACGUUGACGGGAAUUGCCAUUACUUUAUUUCGAAUUUCAAAUUGCUGUGAUAGAGCUGGCAUGAGAGUAAUUCAUUUGGUAGUUAUCAUCGGUGCAGGAGUUCUUAUUGGACUAGCUACUUAUCUGGCAUACGAGAUAAAAGAACAUGAAAAGAAAAAGCACUUCUUUUCGGCGCAUAGCUGGAUGGGACUGCUUGCCAUAGCGCUGUUUCUAGCCGAAGUGGUAUUUGGAAUUUUGAAAUUUAUAGUUCUUCUCGCUUGCGGUCCAAUAUCAUGUUGUUUACGUGCAAGCUGUCGACCGAUUCAUGCUGCUUUUGGUAUUGGAGCCUUUUGGGUUGCAGUAGCCACUGCUGUUUCUGGUAUGGUAAGGACAAUGAUGUCCAAAGCUCAGUUAGUAUUACCAACAAUAACGUUUUACUUGUACUUUCCCAACACUGAUAUUCUUAGCCCCUACGAAAAAUGACAAGAUACAGUGGUACAGCAAUUCUGCGUAAUAGAAACAUAACACCUUAUAUAUUUGAAACUGAUUCAAGGGAUGUAAAAAACAAAAGAGUAUAUAUCGCUAACGCCUACAUAUCUGCCCUUAUUCUUAGUGGAAUAUUGGUAACAUAUGCUGUCCUAAGUCGAUUGUGGGGUAGGAGAUAAAUUAACGCUCCUGAUUAUUCAAUACAGAAGAACGUGAAUUUUUCUUUGUGAAACUUUAUGUAUUUUUUAAAUGUAAUAUCUUUGACUAAUAUUUUUGAAUACUUACCGCAAAUA